AUGUCAAAUAAGAAAAUUGAGCAAUGGGAAAUAGAAAGAUACUGGGAGAUCUUCGCUUCAUUAGCAAAUGGUCAGCCCCGUCUGAACAACUCCCAGGCCGCCUCAGUGCUCAGGAACAGUCGGCUUCAGGAUGAGCAACUGGAAAAGGUCUGGGAUUUGGCCGAUGUGGAUGGUGAUGGGGAGUUGGAUUUCGAAGAGUUUUGUGUCGCCAUGCGAUUAGUGUUCGACCUGGUCAACGGUGAAUUACAAACUGUCCCAGCUGUUUUACCCGAUUGGCUCGUCCCUGAAUCCAAGUCUCAUUUAGUCCAUGCAACCCGGGCAUUGAGCACUCAACCCGAACAGUUCGAACGGAUAGAAGAUGAAGAUGAUACUCCUGGACUGAAAGAUGGAUUCGAAUGGUACAUGAAGCCCGCCGACAAAUCCAAAUACGAAGAGAUAUACAAUGCCAACAGAAACCAACGUGGUGAAAUCGCAUUUGAAUCAUUGCAACCACUCUACGAUUCGCUCGAUGUCCCCGACACCGAUGUCCGUUCCGCGUGGAAUUUGGUCAACCCCUCCGCAUCCCACACAAUUAAUAAAGACGCUACCCUUGCGUUCCUGCAUAUACUGAACUACCGACAUGAGGGCUUCCGCAUUCCCCGCACCGUUCCUGCUUCCCUCCGCGCCUCGUUUGAAAACAAUAAUAUCGAUUAUCAGGUCGAUAAUGCUCGUCCGGCACAGAAAUGGGGUGCAGACGGCGACACGGAGACACCAACUGGUCGAAAGACUAAAUUUGGCGAUACCUACUUGAGUCGGUUGGGUGCCGGAGGAAAAUCGUCCUAUACCCCCAAAGGCACAAACUUCAACGAUACUAUUCAGGAUGAGGAAUGGGAGAAGGUUCGGCUAAGGCGCGAGCUUGCGGAGUUGGAGACCAAGUUGAAUUCCGCACAACAAGCCUCCGAAGGACGCAGGGAUCAACCCAGGACCGAUGGCAGUACCAGCUGGGGCCUGAUCAAAAAGGAAGCACUUCAGCUUCUGGAGUACAAGGAGCGUGAGCUUCGCGAACUUAGGGAAGGCACUGGGAGGUCCAAGGAAGGCCAAAACUUAGAGCGGCUCAGGGAGGAUGUGAAGGCCGUCGGCGAGCAGGUGGAUGGACUUAAAAGCCACCUUGCCAAUCGGAACGAGAUACUCGCCGAUAUACGAACACAGAUCGAAGAAGAGAAGGUGUCACGGUAG